CACAAUACAUAUGAAGGCGUAUCAUUAUACACGUUGCGUUUGUUUGGAAGCAAUCGCGAGUCACGACUUACAGACAGUGACGAAUAUUGGACUCCUCGGGAAAGAAACAGUCGAUCGAUGGCCGUGUGUUCAAAAAGGUCCGAUCUAACCGUUAUUUGUCGGUGAGUAUCUUUAAAGUGGUGAACGGGUUCCAUUGUGAUAAAAACAGCAAGUGUGCUCUCUUACGUUAAGUCUUGGUAUUAGUGGCCCUGAGCGACUUAUACCGCAAGUUCUGUGUGAGUUAAUUACCAAAGUAGUGUAUUCGUGGAAUGAGAUACGAAUUAUAUUAAGCGUGGUGUACAUGUAAAUCGGUUGAUCGAUAUCACGAACUCGAUACUUUUGCUCAUUUCACAUUGCAAAAACUUCUAUUCUACGCCGUGGUUCCACGUAUAUGUAUAUACGAAUCGCGGUUUUCGUUCCCGGAUCAUGCUUAUAUUACGUAUAAAAUUGCAUUCCCAACAAGACCUAACCUCUUUCUAAGAAAUAUCGCGGCCACUCGGAGCAACGUUAUCGAUUCGGAAUACGUUGAUUCUGAUCACGUCGGCGAAACAAAACGAACGAACUCGCCAGAACAUUUAUUGGUUUCUCCGGUAUCGAACUGCGAGUUGUAAUUGUCCGACAACUGUUAUAUCUCCUUUAAGCGGCAAAUGACCUUCAAACGAGUAAAGCUCUUUAAGACCUUUUCUGGCGUGUGAGGUAGUCUGAACCGACAACAUCGAUUAUCUACAAGCUAUCAGUGAGCUUCAUAGAAAAACUGUCGCAACCAAAAUGUCGUCCAAAAUAGUUACGAACGAGAAAGUGAUUUUACGAAAGAAAAAAUGUGAAACGAAAACAAAUGAAUCGAAUGCGAUAACAUGACAAGUAAUGAUGUAGUAUACAGUGGCGUAGUGGAUAUUUAGAGGAGAAAGUCAUUAUAAGCCGAAGCAAAUAUCGACUGUAAAUAUCGAUUGUAUGUCACCGUGUGUACAAUGUGUCAAUGUGUGAAGUGUGUAUUUGAGGUUAGAUCACCCAUUGAUGGACCACGUGCGGCUAUGUGUGCAUGGCGCGAACUUUAAGAAGGAUACCAAAAAGGAAAUGGUUAAAAACAAUGGAAGACUAAAAUUGAACAAUGAUGAAUCAAAACCAUCAAUUAUUGAGCUGUUUCCUUGGAUCCUAGAGUUUAAGAAAAUGUGCAGGUGUAUACAUACAGAAAAAAGUAUGGCAUCUUUAACAGAACUUAUGCAAUUUUAUGUGAGAAAUGUAAGUGUCAGUGUAAAUGAAUGUUACACAAGGCCUUUAAGAGCAGCAAAAUUAAAGGAUUCUAUUAGUGAGACUUUAAUGUUGUUCUUAUAUAUUUAUCGUGAACUUUCUGAGGAUCAUGAUAGGUUCAGUUAUUUAAAUAAUAUGUCCGACUUAUUAGCGCUCUAUAUAGAUAUGGAACUAAAAGCAUCUAGGAAAAGCAGAGAAAAUCAUGAUAAAAUUUGUGCAAGGAUUACUUCUUGCCUUUAUGUUUAUUUAGAACAUUCCAUGGAACAUUUAUUAGAUACUUUAAUCAAGGUACAACUGAUGUGUUGCAGUUAUCAUCAUAUUUUAGAUCCAAUUAUAACGAAAAUAAUAAAAAAUAUUCCCAUUCACCCAGAAUCAAGUAUUAUGUAUAUUCGUUACUUCUUUAUUUAUCGUUUGUGGAGAAAAAUAAAUGAAAAUGUGGCUGUAAAAGAUCAAAUAACAGCUGCUGCAAUUGCAUCUCUGGGGCCAUUGCCAUCUACAUUCUCAUCAAGUAUAUUAGAAGAUGUAUUGCCAAAAGUGCCAAAGAGUCAACCAAAUUCUACGAAAGCUCUAUUGCAGCAUAAAUUUGAUAUAAAAAAACAUUGUGAAAUGUUUGCACAAUAUUGCAGAAAAAGCAAUGGAAGUGUAUACAAGGACGGAAUUAUAACUCCCAUUGAUUCGUCCAGUAGAAUUAAUUCGAAAAUGUCGGAAGAUAUGGUUAAGAAAGAUGUAGAAUAUGUAGAUAAUAACGUGAAUUCAAUUAUAUCAGAUAAAAAUAAAAAAAAUGAAUCUAUUUCUUUGCUAAAUACUUUUAAAACUUUAAAUUUGGAAGAACAAACUAGUUUUAAAUGUUUAGGUACUUUUUCGAAUAAUAUUUCUACGGAGCAUGUUAAUUCUAAAACAAUUAAAUCAAAUAAAAAUCGUUUGCGGAGGAAAUGUAAAAAGUCCAAUGAGAUUGUAAUUAUCGAUUUAACUAAUGAUAUAGUGCUUGAGAAAUGUAUAAAGAAAAGGAAGUCUAGAAAAUUACCAUGGUUAGAAGAAGCGAAAAAGAAUAUCGAUUUGAAGAUAGUAAAAGCAUCACACAGGAAGAAAAGGCAGGAACAUGUCGGGCUUACUACACAUCCAUCAAAUACCUCACGAAAUAUUAGUCAUCGAUCGGAAGAUUCCUCUCAAUCGGUAUGUGCCACGAAAAGUCUCAGUGAAAAAAACGAAUCUAAUACAUGCCGAACGAUUGUCCUUAAAAAUGAUGAGAAUAAGAUGGAAAUCGACAAGGAGUUAAUAACUUGUACAGAAAGUAUAAGAAAAUCGAUUGGUACGGAAGUCAAUACUAAAGAAGUAAAUAUUAAAGCGUCUACAAUGAUGAGUAAAACAGUUCUAACCGAGAUACUCCCGCUAACGAAGCAAGUAUCAAAAAUUUCAAACAGCGUUGUUAAUGGUAAUUGUUUAAGUAAUGCAGAUAUUUCGAAUAUACAGAGCGACGAGAAGGAGAAUGAUAGUUUUAAUAAACAAACUGUGAUCAAGCGAUUGACAGAAACAGACGUUUUCUCAGAGCCUGAAACACGCGAAAAAGUUGAAAGUUUUAAAAAAGUCUGUGAUCUAGAAACAGAAUGCCCAGGUGUAAAUAAUACCACAAUUUGUACUCAGUAUAAUUCCAAAGAUAACGCUGAUAGUUCUAAUCGUUCUAAUUUUAAUGUAAUUAAUGACGAGGUAACUGAAAGGAUAACAUUGUCGGAAAACUUAGAGCUCGAAAGGAAUAAUCAAAAUGUCUCGAGCGAUAAAAUGUUAAAUAAUACUUGUUUCAGUGAAAGUGUUUGUAAAUCUGACUACUCUAACAGGACUGUUAGACGCGAGGAAUUAAUUACGCCGCAAAAUAAUGAUAGAAAUGAAACAAUCUCUACUGGAAGAAUCCAGAAAGUUGAAGCUUCUCCUGUUAAAAAUGUAUUAGAUUAUGAGGAGAAGCAAGAAUCAUCAGGUAUACUUGUCGAAAUUUCGACAAUGCAAGAGAAGUUUGAAUCACGAAUGGAAUCGAAAUCAUCAAAGUGUGUAAACAGAGCGAAAGAUGAAUUCUGCACGCGGCCAGAAUUAGAAAUCUGUAGUUAUGACGAAAUAAACGAGAAUAUAAGAGAAAAUAAAUCAAGCAUCGAUAAUAUUAGAGAAUCUAUUUUCGAAUCUUAUUCUACGGAUAAGAAAGAUAUUUCUAAUACAAUUAAUGCAACGUGCCCGAAUGAAAAUAUUGAAAAUAAUGAAAAUAAUGAAAAUUCUUGUAUCGAUACAAACUUUAAGAAGCCUGUAGGGGACAAGUGCGAUAAUAAUAUUGGCAAAUAUGUUAAUAAGGAAGAUGUUCCUUGCAAAUCUGACAAAGUUUCAUCAGAAAUCACGUCAAAGGAGUGUAAUAAUUUAUAUAAAGUAACAGAAGGAAAAAAUGCGUGUACCGUUGCCAAAAAUAAAUAUAUCGUUCAAGAUUCUGAAUUACAAGACAAUAUCGAUGGUCUGUCGUUGUUGGCGAGUGUUUCACAGCAUAUACCACAUUUAAAGCCUGAAUCCGAUGUAAAAUGCGACCAAAUAAAAGUAAAAGAUUACGCAUCUUUGAGGUAUGCGUGUUACAAUCAAAUCACCGAUGACGAGACUGAUACAAAUGAUUCGUCAAAUACCGUUUCCCUAUUACUUGAAAAUCCAUCCGCAGAAAUAAUCAAUAGAAUCGUUGGCAUUUAUCCCGAGGACACCAUAGAUAAAGUCGAGCUUCGAGUAGAAGUAACAUCUAACGAAGCAGAGAGUGGAAACGGUGAUAGCGAGUUGUGUAAAGUCAUCUCUCAUCCGGAAACAAGCAUAAAUUACGACACGGACGCGCUGACGCAUAAUUUCGCCCCCAUUGAGAAUAAUGCGCAAACCGUGAAAGAGAAUACAAACGUAAUACUAAACGGGGAAACCAUAGUUUUGUUGCAAAAGUCUCCUAACAGUAAUCUGUAUAUUAUAAACAAAGCAGUUGAAAAUUCGGAGGAUCACACUAGCGACGAAGAGAUCAAUAGGUUAAAAGAGAAAAAUUGGAUAUCUCCAACUGAAGACUGUGCACAAUUCGAAGCUGCAACUUCUCUGGACUAUGCAUCGUGUAAUUUGGAAUUAACUUCGUACAACAAGGAAUUAUCGUAUCAAGAGAACAAGUGUUCCGUAGAAGGGAUCAAGAUUGAACCGGAAGAUAAGAAUUUUGCAGACACGAAAGCAUAUUCAAAGAAAACACCGCUAUCGACUGACAUGCUUUCUGUUAAUUCGCAAAUGUAUCAGGAGGUAAACCUAAUGAGCAAAUCGAUGGAUAAGCGGAAAUCAAAAUCGAAUCUCACCUAUCGACAAAAUAUCAAGCAAGAGUUCAAUAUCCCUAAUCACAUCGCGCCGAACUGCACGAUCCCGGCAUUCAAUGGAAUUCACUCACAUCCACACGAAGUUAAUGCUCAACAUCCCUUACAUAUAUCUGCCACUCAUCCAACUACCUUACCACCGAUCUAUGGAAAUUGUGCAGGCAAUGGGGAAUUAUGCGUACCAUAUCAUAAACAUUGCACCUCAGUAUCGUGUAGUUUGCAAAUUAAUGCUAACACUUCCCUUCAUUCGCACGCGAAAUCGGGUAGUUCAUGUGGAAGAUCGCAUUGCUCCUGUUUAAAUUGCACCUACGAUAUCGUCGCGCAUUGCAGACAGUGUAUACAUCCAGCGACGGAUACUCACGUGUCUUGUAUCGAAAGUAGUCCGUAUUUUUUGCCAACGCAUUCGUCAGUACAAAGCCCUGCCGUCCAAGAGCAUGACAGAGCAAAGAAUGAAGUCGUUAUAGAAAAAUUAUACGACGAUCAAUUAUUGUGUAAAAUAGAGAACAACCUUUUGCAAAAUAAGUCAUUGGAAAAACUGGGAGUACAGUGCGAUUCAGAAAAAGGAGUGUUUAAAAAAGAUGCGGAGAAUAAGUUGCCUUUAAAGAAAAGGCUGAAGGCGCAUGCUAUGGCAUAUGCGGGGACACCUAUAAAAACUGAAAAAAUAGACAAUUAUCCAGCUAUGCCUAUGAUGUCUAUAGCUGCUUUAGAAGCGUUGGACAAUACACGGAAAAGGUCUGAUCAAAUCGUUAAAUCCGAAUACGAACUGUCUCUUACGAAAAAGCAGGAACUGCAUGCUGACUAUCACUGCAAUUCACAUUUGAUAAGAAGAAAUUAUUACAAAGAUGUACAGGAUACCGAAUCACAUCAGAAUCUCGCGAACGAAAAUGCAAGAAAGAUCGAGUGUCAAUUUCGAUCGACAAAUGAUCAAACUAAUAAUACUAUAUAUCAAGAAUCUUGCCUUCAGAGGACAGUUAAAACAUUCGCGCAACAGGAAGAGGUGAAUCUAUUAGACGUGACGUCGAUAAAGCGAUUUGAGAUAGAAACGAUAGAGCAAGAAGGAACGUAUAAAAGGGUAAAGAAAACACAGUCGCCUCUACGGCAAACAAGAAGCUCAAAAAGAAACGUUCCUAAAGUAAAUUAUUCUUACACCGAUGUUGAUCCAGAGUGGAAUCCGUCCGGUGAGUCAAAACGCAAACGUAAAAAGACUAGUCGAUGAUCGAUACCACCUCAUUAUGGAAAUUCAUUACUGUAAGAAAUUUUUCUGAGAUUUAAAUAAUUAAGUGUACAUUACUCCUAUAAGACUGUGGCAUCAUAAACUUGUAAAUGUUGUAUAAAUGAGAAGAUAAAUUAUCCUGGGAAGAUAUUUACAUACCGGCGAAGUGUAUAGUACAAUGUUCGAAGAUCAAUAUUAGCGUAAUUUUUUUAAAUUUUUAAGCAGCAUCAUGGAAGAUAUUUACAUUUUGUAGAUUGUACGUAUAUUUUGUCGGACACACACAGUUUCAUACUA